AUGGCGCCCGUCACCCUCGGCACGGUCGACAACGACCUAAAAGACGUCAUCCAGCAGCUCUUCGAAAUCCAAUCCGCCGUCCACGGCUACCUAGGUCCGGAGACGCAACAGGAGCUUGUUCGAAAGAUAAAAUCCCUAACCCAAGGUCUCUCCACCCUCUCAACACACACGCGCGACCCCCCUACAACAACCUUCCCCUCACACGCCACAACCACAACAACAAACCCCUCCGACCUCCCCAUCAACACCAUUCAACUCCCCCCCGAGAUCAUCGACUACGUCGACGCGGCAAGGAACCCGGACAUCUACACGCGGGAGUUCGUGGAGCUGGUACAGCGCGGGAAUCAGGAUUUGAAGGGGAAGCAGGAGGCGUUUGCUAGUUUUAGGGAUGUGUUGGCGAGGGAGAUGAGGAGUGCUAUGCCGGAGUGUCGGGGGGAGGUGGAGAGGGUUGUUAGGGCGACGAGUUUGGGGACGGGGGAGGUGGAUGGACAUGGGGGGGAGGGGGAGGGUGGUGGGAACUAG